GCUUGCGUACCGCUGGUUCGCCAUCAUCCACCUCGUAACCUGCUAGUAACUCUUCACCGAUAAGCAAAUUUAUGGCAGAGGGAUCAUCAAAAUCGCACACAUCUAUUUCAACGGAGGAUGAUUGGAAGGCGGGUCUCAAAGCUCCUCCCAAGGACCAGAGGCCACAGACAGAAGAUGUGACGGCCACGCAAGGUCACAGCUUUGAAGACUACUACUUGAAGCGCGAGCUUCUAAUGGGUCUGUUUGAGAUGGGCUUUGAAAAACCGUCGCCUAUUCAAGAAGCCGCGAUACCUGUUGCCCUCACCAAACGCGACAUCCUUGCGCGCGCAAAGAAUGGAACUGGAAAGACCGGUGCAUUUGUCAUCCCCACCCUCCAGCAAGUCGACGUGGAAAAAAAUCACAUCCAAGCCCUCAUCCUCGUGCCAACGCGUGAGCUCGCCCUCCAGACUUCCCAGAUUUGUAAGCAAUUGGGCAAGCAUAUGGGAAUUAAGGUCAUGGUUACUACUGGCGGUACCACGCUGAGGGACGAUAUCAUGCGUCUUGGCGAAACCGUCCAUGUUUUGGUUGGCACGCCCGGCCGUAUCCUUGAUCUCUCAAGCAAGGGCGUCGCUGAUCUCGCCAAGUGCCCCAUCUUUGUCAUGGACGAAGCCGACAAACUUCUGUCCGCCGAAUUCACUCCCGUCAUGGAGCAGUUGCUGUCGCAUCUGCCGGAAGACCGUCAAGUCAUGCUCUUCAGCGCCACUUUCCCCCUGUCGGUCUCACAAUUUAAGGAAGACCACAUGAAGAGACCAUACGAAAUCAACCUCAUGGAAGAACUCACCUUGCGUGGUGUCACUCAAUACUAUGUAUUCUUAGAGGAGAAGCAGAAGGUUCAUUGCUUGAAUACUCUGUUCUCCAAGCUGCAAAUCAACCAAUCCAUCAUUUUCUGUAAUUCUACGAACCGUGUCGAGUUGUUGGCCAAGAAGAUCACUGAACUUGGAUAUUCCUGCUUCUUUUCUCAUGCUAAAAUGCUCCAGCAACACCGUAACCGUGUUUUCCAUGACUUUAGGAAUGGCGUCUGCCGUAAUCUCGUUUGUUCGGAUCUUCUCACUCGCGGUAUCGAUAUUCAGGCUGUGAAUGUUGUAAUUAACUUCGACUUUCCCAAGACUUCGGAGACGUAUCUCCAUCGUAUAGGUCGUUCCGGCCGCUUUGGUCAUCUCGGUCUCGCUAUCAACCUCAUCACAUACGAGGAUCGGUUCAACCUUUACCGCAUAGAGCAAGAGCUUGGAACCGAGAUUCAGCCCAUUCCCCCUGAUAUCGAUAAGAGUCUAUACGUGGCACCGGUCAAUGAUGACGAGGAAGCAGACCGUGAACGCCAACGGGCUCAGGCCUUGGCGGCGCGUCGCGCUAACGCAAACAAUAAUGCGAACCGGGGGGGUGGUGCUGCCAGCAGGACCCAGCAAUUUGCGAAUGCUCCCCGCCAAGGAGCCCAGUCUCAACAGCGUCCUCCUCAGUCCCAGGCUCCAUCUCAGCCCCAGACCCAGACCCAGCCUCCUCGCCAGCCUAACUAUGCCCAAAUCUCACAGUCCGUCCCUCAGCAGCCGAUUCAAUACCAGCAGCAUGCGGUUGCCCCUCCUACGCAAGGAGGUUAUCCGAUCAAUUCUCUCCCACAGCAGUACAUACCGCAGCCUGUCGCUCACAGCGGCGGCAUGCAUCCAGCUCAACAGCGGUACUAGCGACGGCAGUUGGAUCCUGAGUAGGUACGUGAGAGCU